ACAUAGAAGUGAAAUUAUCCUCAGCCACCAUUUUAUUAUUUGCAGAUUAUUACUAAAUUCGGAAUAAUAUCCAUUUAAAUAAACUGUUUAUAUUUCAGGUGACACAUCGCAAGUAGCGAGGCUACGCCCAAAUUUCUGUCGUGGAUUGUUUAAUUUGCCUUCAACAUAGGCCUAUCAGACACCGCCGUUAUGGAUAUGAUGGUAUCGACAUUGCAACAACAGCGAGCCGUGACAGAGCAGCUGCGGAGAGAGGCAGCUAUAAAGCGCAUUCCCGUGUCGUCGGCGGUGACCGACAUCGUGCGCUACAUCAGCGAGCACGAGCAGGAAGACUGCCUGCUCGUCGGCUUCUCCAGUCAAAAAGUCAACCCUUUCCGCGAAAAAAGCUCGUGCACUGUUCUUUAAGAAAGUAUUUUACGUGUAACUUGCUGUAAUGUACCUAAGGGUGUUGGAAUUUCUCAUCUAAGCCGUCGAUGAUCUACACAUUUCAACUUUUUAUUUAAGUCCAAGUGGUACGUGUUAACUAUGUUUCUAAUCCAACGUAAAACAGAUUUUAUGCUUGCAAAACAAUUUUGUACUUCUGAAAAAUCACUGUCUCUUAUGGUCAUAAAAUAAAUAUAUUUUAAAAAUUA